CCUCCCCGAAGGCUCCCGGGAGAUGCGGCGGCCCUGAAGCGCCCAGAGCUCCGCCAUGGACGGCGCCGAGCCCGCGGCGGACGCGGCACCGGCGGCCGCCGGGGCCUCACCGGGGGACGGGCGCGGGAGGAGCGGCGGCAAACGGGUCACGUUCCCCUCGGACGAGGACAUCGUGUCCGGGGCUGUGGAGCCCAAGGACCCCUGGAGACACGGGGAGAAGCUGGAUUACCGCUCCUGCGAGGCCAUGGAGGAGAUCUUCAAGCGUCUCCAGUUCAAGCUGCUCGACCUGGAGCACACGGGCCUGGACGAGGACGGCGCCGCGGCGCUGUUCGACAUGAUCGAGUACUACGAGUCGGCCACGCACCUCAACAUCGGCUCCAACAAACACCUGGGGGCCCGCGGCUGGCAGGCGGCCGCCCACAUGAUGAGGAAGACCAGCUGCCUGCAGUCCCUGGACGCGCGGAACACGCCGCUGCUGGAGCCGUCGGCGCCGUUGGUGGCGCGGGCGCUGCGCAUCAGCAGCAGCCUGGCCGUGCUGCACCUGGAGAACACCGCCCUGUCUGGCAGGCCGCUCAUGCUGCUCGCCACGGCUCUGAAGAUGAACGUGUCCCUGCGGGAGCUGUACCUGGCCGACAACAGCCUCGGCUCCCGUUCCCAUGGGAAUAACGGGAGUCACGGGAAUUGGGGGGUUUGGGAAUGUGGGAACGAGCUGGACCUGUGCAAGAACCACCUCAGCGACUCCGGUGGGAAUCCGGGAAUUCCCAACGGGAAUCACGGCUGGAAUCACGGGAAUCACGGGAAUUCCAGCUGGGAGUCACGGGAGUCACGGGAGACACGGGAAUUGGGGGUUUGGGAAUGUGGGAAUGGGCUGGACCUGCGCAACAACCACCUCAGCGACUCCGGCCUGGCCUACAUCUGCGAGGGGCUGCGGGAGCAGCGCCGGGGGCUGGUGACGUUGGUGCUCUGGAACAACCAGCUCAGCCACGCCGGCAUGGCCUACCUGGCCAUGACCCUGAUUCCCCCUGUUUUCCCCGCGGAUCCCCACGGAUUCUCCCUGUUUUUUCCCUAUUUUCCCCCGCGGAUCCCCACGGAUUCCCCCUGGGCGGUGGCGGUGGCCGAGUUUGUGGCCGAGAGCCCGCGCCUGCUGCGCCUGGACCUGCGCGAGAACGACAUCAAGACCGGGGGGCUGAUGGCGCUGAGCCUGGCCCUGCGCGUCAACCACUCCCUGCUGCGCCUCGACCUCGACCGCGAGCCCAAGAAGGAGGCGGUGAAGAGCUUCCUGGAGACGCAGAAGGCGCUGCUGGCCGAGAUCCAGAACGGCUGCAAGCGGAAUUUCGUCCUGGCCAAGGAGAAGGAGGAGCAGGAGCAGCAGCUCCGCCACUCGGCCUCCAUGGCCGAGAUCUCCGGCGCCGAAAUUCCCGAGGAUCCCGCCAUUCCCGAGGAUCCCGCCAUUCCCGAGGAUCCCGCCAUUCCCGAGGAUCCCGCCGUUCCCGAGGAUCCCGCCAUUCCCGAGGAUCCCGCCGUUCCCGGCGGCGCCGCUUCCGCCGGCCCGGAGGAGAACGGGAACGCGGCUCCGGCCGGGGAUUCCAGCUCGGACACCGAGGAGGAGGAGGAGGAUGGGAAGAAGGGCUCGAGGGAGCUUGUGGAAUCCGGGAAUUCCGGGAAUUCCGGGAAUGCCGGGAAUGCCGAGCGCAGGAUUUCCGUCUCCAGCCCCGGCAGGGGCCGCAAGGUCUUCGUGGUGACACGGGUGGAGAAUGUUCCGGAGGGAUCCGGGGCCGAAUCCGGGACUGUUCCCAAGGAAUCCGGGGUUGUUCCCGAGGAAUCCGGGGUUGUUCCCGAGGAAUCCGGGGUUGUUCCCGAGGAAUCCGGAACCAUUCCCAAGGAAUCCGGGGUUGUUCCCGAGGAAUCCGGAACCAUUCCCAAGGAAUCCGGGGUUGUUCCCGAGGAAUCUGGGGUUGUUCCCAAUGGAUCUGGAGCUGUUCCUGGUGGAUCUGGAGCUGCUCCUGAAGGAUCCGGAGCCGUUCCCGAUGGAUUUGAGACCGUUCCCGAUGGAUCUGGGAUCAUUCCUGAAGGAUCUGGAGCCGUUCCCGAUGGAUUUGAGACCGUUCCUGAAGGAUCUGGGAUCGUUCCUUGUGGAUCCGGCACCAUUCCCGAUGGAUCUGGGACAGUUCCCGAUGGAUCCGGCACCGUUCCCGAUGGAUCCGGGGUUGUUUCCAUCGGAUCCACCUCCGUUCCCGAUGGAUCCACAGCUGUUCCCGAAGGAUCUGGGACAAUCCCUGUUGGAUCCGGCGCUGUUCCCGUUGGAUCUGGGGCUGUUCCCGAUGGAUUUGGAGCCGUUCCCGUUGGAUCCGGUGCCAUUCCCGAUGGAUCCGGCACCGUUCCCGAUGGAUCCGGCGCCAUUCCCGAUGGAUCCGGCGCCGUUACCGAUGGAUCCGGUGCUGUUCCCGUUGGAUCUGGGGCCGUUCCUGAUGGAUCCGGGGCUGUUCCCGAUGGAUCCGGUGCCGUUCCCGUUGGAUCUGGGGCUGUUCCCGAUGGAUUUGGAGUCGUUCCCGUUGGAUCCGGGGUUGUUCCCAAUGGAUCCGGCACCGUUCCCGUCGGAUCCAGUGCUGUUCCCGUCGGAUCGGGCGCCGUUCCCAAUGGAUCCGGAAUUGUUCCCGUCGGAUCCGGGGCCAUUCCUGAUGGAUCUGGGGCCCUUCCUGUUGGAUCUGGGAUUGUUCCCGAUGGAUCCGGCACCGUUCCUGUCGGAUCCGGGGCUGUUCCUGGUGGAUCUGGGAUUGUUCCUGGUGGAUCUGGGAUUGUUCCCGAUGGAUUUGCAGUUGUUCCCGGUGGAUCUGGCACCGUUCCUGUUGGAUCCGGCGCCGUUCCCAAUGGAUCCGGGAUUGUUCCCGAUGGAUCCGGGACCAUUCCCGGUGGAUCUGGGGUUGUUCCCGAUGGAUCCGGGAUUGUUCCUGUCGGAUCCGGCGCCGUUCCCGGUGGUUCCGUGACGGUUCCCGAUGGAUCCGGCGCCAUUCCCGAUGGAUCCGGCGCCGUUCCCGGUGGAUCCGUGACGGUUCCCGAUGGAUCCGGCGCCGUUCCCGAUGGAUCCGGCGCCGUUCCCGGUGGAUCCGUGACGGUUCCCGAUGGAUCCGGCGCCGUUCCCGGUGGAUCCAUGACGGUUCCCGAUGGACUUGGAGCCAUUCCCGAUGGAUCCGGCGCCGUUCCCAUCGGAUCCGUGACGGUUCCCGAUGGAUCCGGCGCCGUUCCCGUCGGAUCCGUGACGGUUCCCGAUGGACUUGGAGCCGUUCCCGUCGGAUCCGGCGCCGUUCCCGAACUGCGGCCGCGCCGGGCCGGCGCCUCCGAGGGAAUUCCGUGCGGGAGCCCCUCCCGGGAUUCGCCGCUUCCCAACGGGCUGAAGGCGGAUUUCGCCCGGGCGCUGCCGGAGCCGGGCCCGGAGGGAGACGGGAAAUCGGGAACGUGCGCGGCCGAGCGCGAGCUGAGCUGCGCCCGGAUGGAGCCGGAGCCGCCGGAGCCGCCGGAGCCGCUCUGAGCGCAGGUCCUGGAGGGGGAGGCUCCGGCGCUUUCCCCUCCCCCAACUCCGCACAAGAUUCCAACCAAACCUCGGGAAUUUCGGGAUUUUUCGUGGGAAAGAGAAAAAAAAACAAAGAAAAAACCACAAAA